UAAAAAACUUAACGCCAUUACGCUGAGAAAACUGAUGCAUUCCUCAGAUUAAAGUCGACAGUGAUGAAUAGCAUCAAACAAGUCGGAGUGAGACAGAAAGGGUAGGCCUUGUCUUGGGAGAUUUUUUUGCUCCUCUAGCACAGAGAGCGUGAUGUCAGCGGUGGCAGUGCAGUUGUAAUUGACUUGGUGGGGGUGAUGGCGUCAUUUUGUGCCCUGGUGUAGCCUCCUACUCCAAUAGCGAAGGGGAGACGGAUAUUUGGCCGACGCGACCGUGGCUCCCUUGGCCGGGAUCGAGCACUGCCGAGCCGGACACUUCACCCCGGGAAAUAUGGAGGCUGUGGCCGAGGCGCUGCGGGCCGGUUCUCGGGUACCUGUCACUAUCGAUCAAAUAGUUAACGAUACACUAGUGGUGACGUUGACCUAUCGAGAAAGGAGCUACACUGGGAUAUUACUUGAUUGCAACAAAAAGACUGGGCUGUUCUGUCUACCAGAUUUCACACCAAAAUCCGGGGACUGCCCAAUAUCUAAACCAAGUUGUGAAAUCCCAGAAGAUCUGAAUGAGGAGCAUGUUUCCAAAUCUCCUAGCCAGGCUUCACAUAGACCAAAGGAUGAAAACAUUCUCCCUGAAAGCAGCCUACCUGUUGCACCUCUUCCCUGCCCUGUGCCAGCUGGACAGACUCCUUACCCUCCUUAUUUUGAAGGAGCCCCCUUCCCUCAACCCUUAUGGGUGCGCCACAGCUAUAGCCAAUGGGUACCUCAGCCCCCUCCACGACCAAUCAAGACAAAGAAGAGGCGGACACGAGAGCCUGGCCGCAUGACCAUUAGUACUAUCCGUCUGCGACCACGGCAAGUACUGUGUGAAAAGUGCAAGAACACACUGAAUAGUGAUGAAGAUAGCAAAGAUGGCCUAAGCAACACCAAGACUUCUAGAAAGGAGAAUGCAUUACACAGUGAUGAUGAUGGUGAUGAGAAGGAUACCCCCUCUAAGCUCUCAAGGAAAGAGGAUGUAGUUUCCAGCAAGGACAGUAAAAGAAGGGAAAAUGGCACCAGCCUUGACAACAAGCGCCUCAGGAAGGACAAAAGAGGAGAAUCUGAUGGGGAAAAGUUCCCCGGAGGUGAUGUUAUCCCCCACAGCCCUGUCAUAAAGAUCUCCUACAGCACUCCACAGGGCAAGGGGGAGGUCAUGAAGAUCCCCUCACGAGUCCAUGGUUCAGUCAGACCGUUCUGUCCCAAACAGCUGGUGCAAAAUGGUGUGGGAGAAAAUGGCAAGGCGCCUUCUGAUCCCACCAAGGAACAACGGCACAUUCUAAAUGCCACAAGGUCUGGCCUUACUGUGUCCAUUCCCAAACUCAAGCUAACCAGGCCUUUCACAACUGUGGGUCAAGAUUUGCCUUCUCCAAAGGUCCGCUUGAAACCCCCUCAGAGGGAGGGUGAGGAGAGUGUGGUCGAGUAUGAGGCUGAUUUUGUGGGAGGCACUAGGAGACGAAGUCCCAGGGUUCCUGGUUCCUGCCUCCCCCUCUCUGAACGCUCAGGGGAAGGCAAGAACACACUGGAGUUGUGGUCAGGGAGUUCUGGAGAAGAGGCCGAGCGCAGUCACAGUGACCUCACCCUUCUUAUCAAUUUCCGUAAACGCAAAGCAGAUUCUUCUAGUCUGUCAGUCUGCAGCAGUGACAGUCUAGAUGAAUCCAAGUCCUUCAGCUCUGAUGGCACCUCACCAGAGCUGUGUGACCUGGCACCUGGUGAAGACCUCUCUGUAACCUCAUCUUCUGUAUCUUCACGUGAGGACUGCAAGACAGUGCCACCACUUACAGUGCGGCUGCACACACGCAGCAUGACCAAGUGCAUAACAGAGGAGGGUCACGCUGUGGCGGUAGGUGACAUCGUAUGGGGAAAGAUUCAUGGUUUUCCCUGGUGGCCAGCACGUGUCCUCAGCAUCAGCGGCACCCACAAACAGCAGACAGCCAGCUGCGAGGCACAGUGGCCCCAGGCCAAGGUGGCAUGGUUUGGGUCACCCACCACCUCCCAGCUCUCUGUUGCUAAGUUGUCACCAUUCAGAGAGCUCUUCAGGUCCCGCUUCAACCGCAAGAAGAAAGGGAUGUACCGCAGAGCCAUCCUGGAGGCAGCCAAGGCUGUGGGUCACAUGGGCCCAGAGAUUACAUCGCUGCUUUCCCACUGCGACACGUAGAAGCUGAGGACUGAAGAGAGGUCUUCUGGGUUUUUCUGAAUUCUCAGACUCUGUCAUCAAGACCCAGGAGGGAGUAUGUGCGGUUGCCAUGGCUACUAUUUAUGUGCCAUUUUUUUUUCUCCAUUUUCACAAGGCUGGUGGAAAAUGGCCACCAAGGUGGACUGUUAAGACUGAACAAGGGUCUAUGAUGAACUCGGCUAUUCCUCCAGAUUUUUUUUUUUUUGUUUGUUUAUUUCUUUUGUUCUAGAUUUAAUCAGAUUUCAGUAGAGCCACAUAAUGACACUACAAGGACCCAAAUGUAUUUAUUAUCUGUAAUGGUUUAAUUAUACUACAGUCUAGCAAAACUUCCCAGUCUACUGCUGUCAUUACCACGGUCCUUGCCACCGGUGUCUUGACUGCGAAGUCCGUUCCCACCAGCCAGAAUAAGCUGGCAACCCCACCCUCUGGAGACAAGACAAGACAUUUUCCCAUGGUUUCAAAAGUCUUAUCCUGAAUCCUCUUCUCAAAAUGUGAACGGCUCCGUCCAGCGACAGCAGUGACUGUUCCAGCUAUUCUAGGGAUCACAGUGUUCCAUUCUUGUAACCUUCUGCGAUAUUAGUCGGAUUUGUGGAUGAACUGAAACUGAACUCUGGUCCUCUCCAGAAUCAUGUUGCAUCUCUCUUCCAUUUCAUUUUUAACUUUAACAGUGUCAUGUUGACAUACCUCCCCCAUCAACUCUUGGUUUUCCUCAGAACCAUUGUUACAUCACUUUAAUUAUUUAAAGUGUCACAUUUAAGAAAAAAAAAGCACUUUAUCUGUACCUUGGUGGCCUGCUGUAAGCUCACUGUCUGAAACCCUAUUACGAGAUACAGCCCUGAUAGGCAGUAGGAGAGUUCAGAAGUCUUUGUGAUUGACUAUCGAUGGCCUUGAAGAUGCAACACAAAAGCUUUUUUAUUUUAUUUUAUUCUACUGUACGAUCUUGGGAACACUAGACACAGAUGGUUGUGUACACUGUAUUCUCGCAUUUGAUUUGGCUGUGUUUCUCUCUCAGCUUAUCUACCAUACACACUACAAAAAUCUAUGAUAAGCAUUUCCACUGGAGAAACAUUGGUGAACAGUGUGUCAAAGUCCCCUAUGCAUUAUAAAUUAAAGCUUUAUGAGUGACUUUGGGAGAAAAAGAAAAACAUGCUGUAAGAAUACUGUGAAUUCAACUGCUGAGCGUGCUGAAGAAAAGCUCGCUACUAGUCAAAGCCUGCAGUUAAAUUGUGUCACCCAGCAAGCAGACUGCAAUGCUGGCCUUUAGCGACCUUUGUGCUGAAAGCAAGAGACCGCAACUGUCAAGGGCAGCCUGGUCUGUGUUAAAAACUUAACUGAAGAUUGCACACAGUCACUCAGCCAACCAGCCCAUCUCCUUUCUGCCUGUCUGGGAACACCUUGUUCAGAUUGAGGCUGAAACCUGGCUUCAGUUAUUGUCAAUGAGAGGAGUGUGUUUAUUAGGGCAGUGGGUAAUACACUCCUCCCAUGUUGAUAAUCUACAGUUGGACAGUUUGCUGUCAAGCCUGCAUAGUUUACACAACAGGGAGUGGGAGAGUCUGCGUAUAUGUAUACCAGAGAUUUUCCCGUGUAUGAGCAACAUUAGCUGUCUACUGUUGCCCACAUUGGUCAAUGUUAUUGGCUACUCUUUUUUUUUUCUUUUCUUUUUUUUCUUUUUUUACAUGUGCUGUACAUAAAAUAAAAUAU